UUUCCGUGUCGGUCCGCCACGUGCCAACAAUGGAGAGUCGACACGCAAACCAGACGGCAGCUUCCGCCGACGCGCCCCCUACACCUCUGCCGCAUCUCAUUGUGUACCCCACGGUGCGACCGGAGACGGUGAUCGUGCCAAUUGUGUCCAGUAUCGUCCUCUUCCCCGCUGCAGUGCUGCUAACGAUCUGCUGCCUGAGGCGGCGGGCAGAGCGGGCGCGACGGCGAAUCAAACGACGAAGAUACAUCUCGUUCAGGGAUCGCGGGGACAUUCCAGGCCGUCAGAUCCCGAUAAUACGGAUACACGGCCAAGGAAGAGAUUUCCCAGGGGGCAAACGCUCCCGGCGGGAUGACAAGUGCACGAGACUGCGGGAGCUGCACUACUCGACGGCGUCGGUUUUCCAGGCUGUACUGGGCAUCGACCUCGACCUGGACGACCGGUCAGACCGAGAGAGCGAGGCCAUGGGCUACACGAGUCUGCGUCCGGUCUCUCCUGGCGGCAGUAGCAUCAGCAGUCUGCGGGUGUUUCGCCGCUCCAGCGGUCCGCAAAUAAUUCAGAUGGAGAUGUCGCCGCGUGUGCCCCGCUCUGUGCGCACGUGCCGCACCCUCGCUCCGACUCCGCCCACUGGCGACACCUACCGGCGACCGGGGAGCAGCGGUGCUGCCACCUUUCGGCGACCUAGGGAACCCAUCGGCUCCACACUCCAACCCUCCAGCGGGAGAGCGCCGGCCAGAGCUGGAAUUCUCCGGGUGGGAGACCAGAAUGGCGCCACGCCGCCUCGGCCGAAGGAGACCGGCAGUGUCGCGCUCCUGCCGCUUCCGGAACAGAACGCCAGUGGGGCCACCUUGCGGUGUCCGGAGCGGAACACUAGUGACCUCUGUGGACGGCCUGCGGAGGCUGAGGUAGUGGAAACGUCCGUCACCACGACGCACUGUUCGGGGGUCAAUGGCGGGCGGGCGGGCGGUAUCGACACUGCUGGCGCUGCGGUGACAGUCAGUCCAACCGUCAUCGCCGCGGGCUAUCUGGGUGACCUGGGCACGGCCUGCUGAGGCAGAUUCAAGGUCAGGUCACAGAGAGCCACAUUGUUAACAUGUUAUGUACAAAGACUACUGUCCGAAUAUGUGUUCCAUUGCGAAUCUGAAUCAAAUAAGCAGUGUCAUGCUUUAUGAAAAGCUUAUAGUGAUGGGCACACAUAGUUAUAGGACGUUUUGCCAUGUUGAUAAAUUAUGUGGUUUGAAGGUUGGAAUGUCACAGCGAGCUUCGUUAAAGUGCUAGUAGUAAAACUGCUGUUUAAUUCAUAAUAUACCUAAAUCGCCCGGCUUACCGCUUUAUUAGCUAUCACAAAUGCUAUUUGAAAUGAAAAUAAAGCGAAACGUUGGCCUUUUGAUAUGGUUGAAUUAAUAACGGUCCAACGGAGCUCGUUGCUUUCAACGAUCCGCCAAUGUUUCCUCGGAAAGUGUGAUAUGGUACAUGGGAGCAGCUGUGGAGGCUUCUACAUUUAUGGUUUGUCGAUGUUAAGUAAGUGCUGAACUCAUCUCGUCAACUAAUAAAUACAACAUUCAUUUCUGAACUAUUUUGA